CCCCCGUGUACUCCUACCUGGGUGCCUGGGGGGUGGGACGCGGCCAAGGGCUGAAGCGUUAGUCAGUUAUUUUUACUUCUUUUUACUCGUAUGUUGACAACUCGCUACACUCGCGGGCGUUCGUCCUUGCUUCUUACGAGUGUUGAGAGUGAGAGUCACGUCUUGGUUCUGACCCUUGCAAGCUCUUCAUGCUCCUCAAGGCCAAAGAUCAAUCUCUCAAAGACAACCUGGGCAUCUUCACUUACCUACUACUAUCGCUCUACUAGGAGUCUAGGUUUUGAUUUUUUUUCCGCCCUCUGUCUGUGAGUGAGGAACCUAGUCUGUCAGAGGAAUGAUAUAGUGAGUGACUGACUGAGCCAGUGGCUGAGUGAGAGAAUCAUGUCCAUCGUCUAUUAUCGAGAGAGAGAAAAAUCAAUGUGAAUUAUGUCCUAGACACGAAAACUUGCUCUUUGGUAUUUUCUCCCACUCCCUUUCCCUCGAGUACGUAGUAACUAAAAAGAGCGAUGGUGCUUGAGUAUGUACUAGUGUGAUACAAAAUUCAUUCUGAAUCAAUGAUCAUGACUGAUGCCUGUGCCUAUGGGUAAGAGUAUCUAAAGAUGUUGUCUUCAUCUUCUGAAGACGACUGGUCACACAUUGUGUUGGUUUUUCAGUUUUUUCUCAUGUAGGACAAGACAGAAGACGCAGACAGAAGAGUCAAUUGGUACCAUUUAGGUAAGAAUGAAGUUCCUGUCAGUUCGUGGUAAGCGAGUAGCGGAAGCGCGCCGUGAUAAAGACACAGAGGCUUUUCGGCGUAAAAAGCCCAAAAGUGAAGCUCUAUCUUCAGAUGUAACGUUUUUUUCGACGCCUUCCCCUGCAGCUCCUGCAGGCGGGGUCGCAACUGAGAAGCGAAGGCUAAAAACUGAUGAGCAUGAGCUGCAACAAAGUGCUGAUCCGAACAACCCAUCUAAGAAUUUUUUCUCCGAGGGUUUAUUUCUAGAUGGGGGAACGGGCUUGGCAUGGAUGCAAAAGCAGGGGACGUGGGACGCACAGACAGUGAAUAUUUUUGCUGGUGCCACCUCAAACGGGAGUGGAGAGCUUGGUGCGAUCACACCAAAUAAGCCACUCUUUACUACUUCUCUUGGGGAUGACGACAUGAAUACUUUUGGACACAAGAACAAGACCUCAACACCAGACACAACUACUGGCGCAAGUGGAAAUCCUGAUAUGAAAAAUAGAUUUGGUAUCGGUUUUGGUGGCGUUUUCUCACGAUUGCUUGGACCAACAUCUUCUGGGCAUCAAGGAAAGAACGAAGGAACAAAGAACGAAGGAAAGGAGGAAGGAAAGAACGACACAUUAACGAGGCCUGGCGUUGGUUUUAUUGGGACAACAGUAUAUGGAAAGGGAGGACAUAUUUUUAAAAAAUUUUUCCACCUGUUGUCAGUCAGAUCGAUGACCAUCUUUUUGUAAGCAGCAGCUGCCUGUUCCUUUCAUUGAUACCUUAUAUUGACACAUCUAAGUAGGCUGUGACAUAGUUAGUGUGUAUUAAGUUGUAGGAUGAAAAAAAAUGGCGGGCAGCUGCUGUGGUGGCCCUCGAUGCCUAUGACCAACAUGUUUUGAGAAAGACAAAGAGCUAAACGAUCUUCCUUACUUUCAUAGAAUUGCGGAGCGUCGCGCGGCCGCGGCCUCUCCACUCGUGCUAAGCAAGUUUCGGGUGGUCGCGCGAAACGCGGUCAGUGGUGAAGAGUUUGAAAUUGAAC